UCCCCACGGAUCUGUCAAUACGCGGUGAGAUUCCAGCUUGUUGAGCACAGGCACGGGCCGAGCUGCCCUCGCGGCGGGCGCGCCUCCCACCAGCGGGGGGACCGUCCGCCCCUCGGGGCGGGAAAAAAGCCGCGCGGCCGCCGCGCCGCCCCAGCGGGGCCGCCCGGACGGGCGCGCUGUUGGCGGGCGGCGCCAGCUCCCCGCUGGGGGGGGCUCUGCGCGGCAUGCCCGCCGCGCCGGCUGGGAAGGCUCCCAGGGCGCCCCUCGCGCGCACGCGGUUGCCGCCCCUGCUUCUCCUCGGCCCGGCCGCGCUCGCGGCGGGGCCCGCCACGCCGGGCGCGAACUGCACGGACCGGGACGAGAGGUGCGAGAGGUGGGGCGCGGCCGGCGAGUGCGACGGCGAGCAUUGGAAAGGCGUACGGGGCCUCUGCCGCAAGAGUUGCAAGCUCUGCGACCUCUCGCCGCGCUGCGGCGACCUCGCGGCGGGCGGCCAGUGCGACGACAACCCAGACAUCAUGUGGAGCACUUGCUACGAGAGCUGCUCCAAAGCGGUCCCCAAGAGGUGCAUCAACACCCGGCAGGAGUGCUGGAUGCAGUGGCUGCGCGGCGAGUGCCUCACGAACAGCCGGGCCAUGGCCCGGGACUGCGGAGAGGCGUGCCGCGUGUGCGGAGAGGGCGACCCGUGCCUGCCCGACCCCGGAGACGGCGGCCUCGCGCCCGCGCCGGGAGACCUGGGCCGCCUGCUGGCGCGCGCCCAGGCCUCUGCCCAGCUGGGGCCGCGCCUGCUGAGCGCGGACCCGUCGCUGAUCGUCUUCGAGGAGUUUCUGUCGGAGGCGGAGGCGGACGAGCUCUUGCGGGUGCUCGCAGACGACUCCCAGUCCACCCAGAAGUUCGCUCGCAGCCUCACCGGAGGCGUGGGCGGCGCGGUGGCGGAGACGGCGAGGUCCGUGCGGACGUCGUCCCAGCGCUUCUGCUACGACAGCCACGCGGAGGCUUGCGGCCGCGACCCCCGCGUGGUCCGCCUGCUGGAGAGGGUCGAAGGCGUCCUGGGCGCCGCGCGGCAGAACUUCGAGCACCUGCAGGUUCUGCGCUACGAGGAGGGCCAGUACUACAGGGAGCACGACGACUUCCUGCCCGACGGCUUGAACACGCGGUGCGGCCCCAGGCUGCUGACCCUGUUCGUCUACCUCAACACCGUGCCCGAGGGAGGCGAGACGCACUUCCCGCGGCUGGGGCUCAACGUCUCCGCCCGGAAGGGCCGCGCGGUCCUCUGGCCAGACGUGCUCGACUCGGACCCCUUUGCGGCGGACGAGAGGUACAAGCACGAGUCCAUGCCGGUCGGCCCCGGCGGAGUGGUCAAGUACGCCGUAAACAUUUGGGUGCACCAGUACCGCUACCGCCUCGCGCCGGCGGACGAGGCGCAUGACUGCUACAAUGCCUUGCGGCCGCUGAGGACGCACCAGGCGUCGGCGCAACGAACGUCGAUGGCCGCCGCCGCCGGGCACCCGCGCACCAAGGGCGGCCCCCGUCUGUUCACGCGGGCGCGGGGCCUCCAGCUGGCCUUCAGCUCAGCGGCCAGCCGGCUGCUCUCCGACGAGCUGCACCCUGUGGUGCUGUGGCCAGAGGAGUCGGGAGACGCGUCCCAGAACGAGCUGCUGUGGGCCUGGAUGAGGGAGCGGGGCGCGCAGGUGUACGAGGGCAUGGCCCCCGCGCCCAUCGGCGAUGGGGGCCUGUGGGGCAUGAAGGCCAUGCGCAGCAUCGAGAGGGACGUGGAGUUGCUCCGGGUUCCCGCUGCGAUGAUCUUGCCCGUGGACUUGGACCACGAGUCGUCGCCGGACGUCCCCGCGGACCUGCUAAGGUCGAUCCCGGACAAUUUCCCGACGGGCACGCAGGUUGCUUCCGUCCAGCUGUCGCGGCUGUUCGACGGCUCUGGCGACGCCGAGGUGCGGGCUCGUUGGCAGCCGUACCUCGAAAAGCUGAGGGCCCUCGGGUCGUGGCAGCAGAUGCCAGACUUUGUCGACGCGUUCCAGCAGUCGCCUUUGCGGGAGUUGGCCCUCUACCAGAACAGGUGGGCUCAGGCUUCCUUGGACGCUUCGGGCAGAGAUUCCCGGAUGUGGCUCAACCGCAGCUCGUACCUGCACGCCAAUUGGUGUUUAAUAUCACGCGUGCACGGCACCGACAAUAAAGAUGGCAGGGGGCUAGUGCCUGGAGGCGAUUUGUUCAACCAUCAGUUCCACAACAAUGCCCGCUGGACGUACAAGCAGGGCCCGCCUGGUUACUUCGUCGUGUCGGCUGCGAGGGCCAUCGAGGAGGGGGAAGAAAUUUUGGUGUCAUAUGGCGAAGACAAGAGUAACGCAGAGAUGAUGGCUCAUUAUGGCUUUACAAACGCUCCAUACUGGGAGCCCGCGUACAGUUUCGAGCUAUCCAGCUGCCUGCGGAGGCGCCCGACGGCUCCCUGCGCGCCCCCGGCUUCGAGAUCGGCGAGAGGACGCAGGUCCUCAAGCUGA